CGCGGCCGGGGUCGCGCCACUGCGCAGCCGCGGGUGGGCGGUACCACGGCGGCUGCGACAUGGGGGGGCGCGGAGCAGACGCCGGAAGUAGAGGUGGUACGGGUCCCACAGAGGGGUACUCACCGCCGGCCGCUUCCACCGGAGCCGCGGUGAGACCCAAGGCCCGAGGGUGUGGGCGUGGCGGCCGCCGGAACACAACACCCUCUGUUCUCUCUCUUCGUGGAGCGGCGCCGCGUCGCUCGCCUCCAUCAGUUAACAUGAGCGAGCGCCUCCGCCCCAGGAAAAGGAGAAGGAAUGGCAGUGAAGAAGACCACCAUCUCCCCCCACAGACCAAAAGGAGUAGUAGAAACCCUGUCUUUCACGAUUCCUGGGACACAGAGUCUUCAAGCAGUGACAGUGGCGGUAGCAGCGGCAGCGGCAGCAGCAUCAACAGCCCGGACCGGGCCAGUGGGCCGGAGAGCAGCUCAAGCCACCCCGCCGCCCGGUCCAGCCCCCACGGCCCGCAGCCCGCGCCCGCGCCGUCCGCGCUGUGCCAAAGCCCGUACUUCCACAUCAACCAGACCCUGAAGGAGGCCCACUUUCACAGCCUGCAGCACCGAGGACGGCCUCCCACAUGACGUGCCGGCACUUUCUUGCCUUCUGUGAAGGGACCGCGCUGCGCAGAUUUGAUAUUUCAACUUAACGAUGUUUUAAAAAAAUAUUGCACAAAAAGAUGCCUGUUGGCUUUUCAGUCUAUAUUUGAAAUAACAGGUUAACAGGCCGUUGUUUACUUGUGGUUUUGCUGCACUAUUGCGAUUUCAAAGGGGCUUUGAAGCAGUUUUUUAUAGGAUUCUUUUGAGGGUGGGUAUCAAAUCCAGGGCAAGUCAACAGUAGGAGGAAAUCUCAUCUGCGUGUUGAAUCCAUAGUUUGUCCAAGUCAGACUGAUUUCCAGAUCUGUCACUUAGAAAUUCUACUUUCUGUAAAAAGGCCUUUUCAUUUUGCGGGAUCUUCAAUUUUUUAAAUUCAAUAAACUAGUAAAGAGUAUCUACUUUCCAUGAAAAAACCUAAGUUUUUUUCCAAAACAUAGAAAGCUUGAUUCAGUCUUGCACUGAAAUUAAUUGCCAUACUACCUCUUAGUAUGUAGAUGUCCUGUUGAAAGUACUCUGUCCUCUGUGACAGGAGAACCACCAGAUUGCAGUCAGACUGUAUGAAGUCAGCACCCGCCCUGAUAACCGUCCUCUCUCUUUGUUAUAUAUUUGUAUUUCCAGAGAGAAGGUCUCUCAGACCCUUGGAUCCCCAGAUAAACUUGUUACCGUUAUUCCUCCAGAGCCUACAUCUCAGACUUAGAAAACAUUGCUCAGUUCGGACAAUCAAGGAAUACGUAAAUGACUUUGUCUUAUUCACAGACUUGUCCAGCAGCAGCUUGUGUGUGCUCUCUGAUAAUUCCGCCUUGUAGUGUCGAGAAUUAAGGCGCUGGUGAAGGCUGACACAGUGUAAGCUCUCAGAACUGGUGUCUGAAGUCACAAGUGUUGUGAAACUAUUGGACAAGGAUUCACUUUAUGCUUAAAGUAACCCCCAGCGGGAACCAGGGGGCCCCAUUCCACCACGGCAACUGGAAAGACUGGUGUGGCUUAGAAACAAAUGAGCAGAGGCACUUCUAGAAGAAAUAAUGCAGGAGUAUUUAUUUAGAGAGACGGACUGUCCCGUGUCACUUGGUCAUACUAGAGAGCCACCCAAGUUUGAACAGUGAGGGCGCAGACGAGUCCUCCUCCUCGGCGACAAGCUGUCUGAACAAGGAGCCAGCGUGCGUCGGGUCGUCUGCUCGGGAGAGUGCCGGGGGGACAGCAGCCUGCCGCUGUGCGUAGAGGAAAGUGCCUUAGCGUCUACUGGGCCCCCGGCCUGCUCGCCCUCCACUCCGCUUGGGGUCCACACGGCACACACGGCAGAUCUGAGAAGCACGGACAGCUCUAGAAGGGGACUCUGCUUAGUCCAGAUUGGGCAAGGACACGGGCAGAACGGGAUUUUAGUACGUGACGGAAGUAAAAUCUGAAGCUGAGGACGGUAGGAAGAGGGUAAACGUGUACCUUCUCUCCAUGGUUUGUUCCUCUCAUGCGGGUAGAGCUGAAAGGUCAUUUACUUGAAGCAGAAACGGAGAGUUGUGAGGGAAAGGUACAGCACAGGCCUGGGCUUACAGAGUGGGAGGCUUGUGCAAAAUCUUUUUUUUUUUACUACCAUCUCCCAAGUUUUAAAACCAGAUGUUUGACGAGGAUUUUGGAUCUUACUGGGUUUGAUGGCAGGGAAUAUGGAAAGGAUACCUGGCGAAUAUUUUGUCUAAUCAGAAAGCAAACAAGGAUUAAAUGCUGGAAGGAGGCAAGCUGUUGGAGCUCUCAGACACAUGCGUACACAACACACUUCAGAAAUACCCAGGAGGACUCCCGCAAGCUUAACGGAUGGCAGCCUACUGAAACAAAACGUGUGUUAACAAGAACAUGUAAACUUGAGAAAGCACAUUUCCUUGUAUUUCCCACCCGACUAAGAGAAAGGAGAGGUGCAACCAUCACUGGAACAAAGCAAUUGUUUUUCCAAAUAAGUACAUAGUGAAGGGUUAGCAGUUAACUCUCUUACCCUGUUAAACAUAAGAAGUAUUCUCCAUCCCGUCCUGCGUAUUUGCUACAGCCUUGGCAGCCCGAGAUACAUUUCUCUUAUGAGGCUACUUGAUAGUGUCAGUGGGCAUCUCUUAAAACCUCUUAUUAGCUCAAGCUAGUAACACCUUGUACUUCUAUAUUGCGCCGCCAUUAAAAGCAGCACUAGUGCA